AUGCUGGCCCAGCUCUCGAGGCGCGUCGGACGGCGUCGCUUCCUUCCUCGACACCGCCGGUUCAGCAGGUCCGUCUUCACCAAAGACCAAAUCAAGACGGCCGAGCUGCAAAAGACUCCUCACACGCCGAACCAAGUGGUGACCGAGGUCCCACACUCUACAGAAUCGUCGUUCAUCGAUGUGCCGAGCCCACUAUGGUACCACCGCCUAAGUCCUGUCAAAGACUUUUUCAGCUGGUUCAGUCGAAUACAGCGGCGGAAACCUUUGGCCACUGCCGCCGCGACGUCGAUGACGACAUAUCUGUGCGGAGACUUGCUGGCCCAAGAGGUUGGCGGGGAACCGUACAAUCCCGUACGGACCUUGAGGAUGAUAGUGGUGGGGAGCAUGGCAGCCGUACCAGGGUACAAAUGGUUUCUAUUCCUCGGCAGUCACUUCAAUUAUGCCUCCAGGUGGACUUCGAUCACAGUCAAGGUGCUGAUACAGCAGUUCUUCUUUGCCCCAAUCUUCAACACUUACUUCUUCGGCAUACAAGCGCUUUUGUCGGGCGCACCACCAUCCGUCGUCAUACACCGGGUGGUAUCAGCCGUGCCAGAAAGUGUAGUGAGCUCGGCCAAGUUCUGGCCCGCUGUGACAGCACUGAACUUCAGUCUGAUACCUGCACACCUUCGAUUUGCAUUUUCUGGGUUCUUCGCCGUGGUUUGGCAAACGUAUCUCUCAUAUCUGAACAGGCGGGAAGAAAAGACCGGGCCGCAAGGAACGCUUGCAGACACGGCGCGACAGAAGUUGUACGAACACGCUCCGUCCGCCUCGGUUGCUGAUGUAGCGGACGGGCUUGAGCAAAAGAAGCCGACUUAG